CUAUACAAGGCCAAUUAAUUAUUAAAUUCACAAAUACUUGUCCUAAUAUCAUAGUGGCUGCAUGACAAAUACAUGCCAGUCUUAUUCGGUCAAUCCGGGACCAUCUCUUAGCACGAUACUAUUGAAAAAAUCCCCUAUCUCACAUGUUACUUACUCAUUCGCCGAUUUCACCUCAGAUAUUAGGUACAUACAUCUUACCUAUCAGGCAACUUUACCUCACAUAACUCUAUAUUACAACUCUACAACUCUAUACUACCUUCAUGAAACAUUUCAUCCCACCUCAUCCGCGCACAAUCCGCUUUACAUUAACAAUAUUCUCCCGUCACCAAACCCGGUCCCUCGCUAUGUCACCACCGGCCGUACCCGGGGCCACGCCAACCCAAACCAAGCCCUCAAUCCCCAAAGGCAAAACCGAGCUGAAAAUCCUCAUGCUCCACGGCUACACCCAAUCCGGGCCCCUCUUCUCCUCCAAAACCAAAGCCCUCUCAAAACUCCUCACCAAAGCCCUAUCCCCCGCGCCCUAUAACCUACACCCAACGCUCCUCUUCCCCACGGCCCCGCACCGUCUACGCCCCUCCGAUAUCCCGGGGUACGUCCCCCCGGAACAAGGCGAAGAUGACGACGAAGAGUCCGACAACUGGGCCUGGUUCCGCAAGGACGAGGCUACGGGUGCGUAUCGCGGGUUUGAGGAGGGAAUGCGGAAGAUUGCGGCUACGGUUGCCGAAGCGGGCGGUAUUGACGGUGUGUGCGGGUUUAGCCAGGGAGGAGCGGUAGCUGCGCUUGUGGCUGCGGCGUUGGAGCAGCCAUAUCGGGAUCCGCCGUCUUCGUCCCAUGCAGCAUCCCCUUCGGACCCGUCCUCGAGACCUGAAGAGGCAGACUGGUCUUGGGUGGACGAGUUGCGCAGCGCGAACAACAACCAAGCGCUACGUUUCUCUAUCGUGUACUCUGGUUUCUACGCGCCCAUUGAUUCGCUACGAUGGCUAUAUGAGCCGCCUAUCACGACUCCAACGCUGCAUUUCCUCGGAAGCCUGGACACGGUCGUCGAGGAAAGCCGGAGCAAGGGGCUUGUAGACCGGUGUAAGGAUCCUACGGUUGUUGUGCAUCCAGGGGGUCACUACGUGCCUGUUGCCAAGGACUGGGCUAUGGCUUUGGCAGGCUGGUUAAGGCAGCGGUAUGAGGACCCGGAGGCCGCGACUAAGCGCUCACUGUGAAUAGGGGCUGCAUCGUUGACGUCUAGGAUUUAGAGGCUCUGCAAGCAAGAUGAACCUGGAAAUUAGAAACUAGAUAUGGAGGCAUUACACGCACGACUACAAGCAUAGUAGAAUCAAGACAUAGAAGGCAAACCUGUUCUUCACGGGCAUUAUAUACCUCCUAAUCUAAAU